GUCGGCUGGAAACUCCUGGAAUUCAGAGCCCGAUCAAAAAGAUCAGAUUUGUGAUUUAGCUGAGAGAGACGAUUGGCCUUAGUUUCACCUUUUGAGAAUGGCCACCUCAGUGGCCGCAAGUGCCCGGCCUCACCGGAAAGCACACGGACUUGGUUCCAUCUAUGAACCCCUCAAGCUGUCCAAUCUCCAGCAUGAGGACGAGCCCCUUUGGGAGAAACUGGACCGCUUUUACAAUGCAGUCAAGACGACCAUUCUGAACUACCAGAGUCCGACCACUGGCCUUUUCCCGGUCAAAACAUGCUCCACCUGCAAGGAGGCCAAGGUCCGGGACUCCCUGUACUGUGCUGCCAGUGCCUGGGCCUUGUCCAUGGCCUACCGACGCAUCGACGACGAUAUGGGGCGGACCCAUGAGUUGGAGCAUUCCGCCAUCAAGUGCAUGAGAGGGAUCCUCUACUGCUACAUGAGACAGGCUGAUAAGGUGGAGCAGUUCAAACAGGAUCCCAGCCCCUCCAAGUGUCUGCACUCGGUGUUCCACGUAGUCACCGGGGACGAGGUGCACUCCUACAGCGACUACCACCACCUGCAGAUCGAUGCUGUUUCCCUGUUCCUGCUGUACCUGGUGGAGAUGAUCUGCUCUGGUCUGCAAAUCAUUUUCAACACCGAUGAGGUGUCCUUCAUCCAGAACCUGGUGUACUGCGUGGAAAGAGCCUACAGGGUGCCUGACUACGGCAUGUGGGAGAGAGGCAGCAAAUACAACAACGGCAGCACCGAGCUGCAUUCCAGCUCUGUGGGCUUGGCCAAAGCUGCUCUGGAGGCCAUCAAUGGAUUCAACCUGUUUGGAAACCAGGGCUGCUCGUGGUCGGUGAUAUUUGUGGAUCUGGACGCCCACAACAGGAACAGGCAGACCCUGUCCUCCUUACUGCCCCGAGAGUCUCGCUCACAUAACACAGAUGCAGCCUUGCUUCCAACCAUCAGCUAUCCUGCCUUUGCAGUCGAUGACGAUGCCCUCUACAGUCAGACACUGGACAAGAUUGUCCGCAAGCUGCGGGGCAAAUACGGCUUCAAGCGCUUCCUCCGUGAUGGCUACCGCACCGCCAACGAAGACAAGGAUCGCCGCUUCUACAAACCGGCUGAAAUGAAGCUUUUUGAUGGGAUCGAGUGCGAAUUUCCCAUAUUUUUCAUCUACAUGAUGAUUGACGGGGUGUUCAGAGGAAAUAGUGCUCAGGUUAAAGAAUACCAAGACCUCCUUGAACCAAUCAUCUUCCAGUCUUAUGAGGGCCAUGCUGUGAUCCCCAAAUACUACUACGUACCGGCUGACUUUGUGGAGGCGGAGCAGAACAAGCACGGGAGCCAGAAGCGUUUCCCUAGCAACUCUGGCCGUGAUGGGAUGGUCUUCUUGUGUGGUCAGGCCCUUUACAACAUCGCCAAGCUGCUGGUGGAUGAGCUGAUCAGCCCUAAAGACAUUGAUCCCAUCCACCGCUACGUUCCCCACAAGGACCAGCGCAACGUCAGCAUGCGAUACUCCAAUCAGGGUCCCAUAGAGAACGAUGUGGUGAUUCACGUGGCCCUGAUAGCAGAGAGCCAGAGACUUCAAGUGUUUUUGAACACCUAUGGCAUUCAAACCCAGACGCCCCAGCAGGUGGAGCCCAUCCAGAUCUGGCCUCAGAAGGAGCUGGUCAAGGCAUACCGUUUCCUAGCCAUCAAUAAAAAGCUGGGGUUGAGUGGGCGUCCAGAGAGGCCAGUGGGCUGCAUCGGGACCUGCAAGAUUUAUCGGAUCCUGGGCAAGACGGUGGUGUGCUACCCAAUAGUGUUUGAUCUAAGUGACUUUUACUUGUCCCAGGACGUCAUGCUGCUGAUUGAUGACAUUAAGAACACCCUGCAGUUCAUCAAACAGUGCUGGAAGAUGCAGGGACGUCCACUCUUCCUGGUUCUCAUCCGCGAGGAUAACAUCAAGGGGAGCCGCUUCAACCCAGUCCUGGACAUGCUGGCCUCGUUCAAGAAGGGCAACAUCGGAGGGGUCAAAGUUCAUGUCGACAGACUUCAGACCCUGAUAUCUGGAGCGGUGGUAGAGCAGUUGGACUUCCUGCGUGUCAAUGAGGAGGAGAUCCCAGAGUUUAAGAGCUUUGAGGAGCUGGAGCUGCCGAAGCACUCCAAGGUGAAGCGACAGAUGAGCACACCCAACGCCUCAGAGCUGGAGCAGCAGCCAGAGAUCACUGUGGAGGAGUGGCGGCAGAAGCCCACCCAUGAGGUCGUCCAGAAGUUCCACGACUGCAACUGCUUGGCCAGUCAGGCUCAGCUUGCAGUCAUCCUUCUGAGGAGAGAAGGACCAGACUUCCUUGCAAAAGAUGAGAACCUGAUGAAUGAACUGGAGAGAAUCUACAGAAGAGCCGGCAGCAGAAAGCUUUGGUCUGUUGUCCGUCUUGCUGCCAGUCUCUUAACUAAACUAGUGGACAGCCUUGCCCCCAGUAUUACUAGUGUGUUAGUGCAUGGCAAGCAGGUGACCCUCGGCCUAUUCGGGCAAGAAGAAGAGGUGAUCUCCAACCCGCUGUCGCCAGGGGUGAUUCAGGGCAUCAUCUACAGCAGGUGCGCCCCUCAAGGUGGGGAGCGGGAGGCCGUGCUGCAGCAGGAGCUGGUCAUUCAUAUCGGAUGGAUUAUCUCCAACAACCCCGAGCUGUUCAGCGGCAUGCUCAAGAUCAGAGUCGGAUGGAUUGUCCAGGCCAUGAAACAUGAGCUGAAGAUCAGGGCGGGAGACAUGCCAGCCCAGGACAUCUACCAGCUCUCCCCCAGCGACAUCAAGCAGCUCCUGCUGGACGUCCUGCAGCCGCAACACACCGGCAGGUCCUGGCUGAACAGGCGUCAGAUCGACGGCUCCCUGAACAGGACCCCUCUGGGCUUUUAUGAUCGCGUGUGGCAGAUCCUGGAGAGGACCCCCAACGGUUUUACGGUGGCUGGGACUCACCUCCCUCAGCAACCCACACUGUCUGACAUGACCAUGUAUGAGAUGAACUUCUCCCUGCUGGUGGAAGACACGCUGAAGAACAUCGUCCUGCCCGAGUACAGACAAAUCAUCGUAGAGUUGCUGAUGGUGGUGUCCAUCGUGCUGGAGAGAAAUCCGGAGCUGGAGUUCAGCGACAAGUUGGAUCUGGACGGUCUGGUGCAGGAGGCCUUCAGCGACUUCCAGAAGGAUCAGGGACACUUCGAAGGCAUCGAGAAACCGAAUGUCAUGGAGGCCUUUUACAACACACCUGCGGUGGAAAAGCGAAGCACCUCCAGCUACCUGACCAAGGCAGUCAUGAUCCUGUUGCUGCGAGGAGACUUCAAGCCCUGCAAGGACGACCCGUGCUCCGUUAGCUAGAUUAGCAAUGCGUUGACCCCUCUAAGCCCAGCCUGCUGCAGUGUAGUCAUGGCAAGGGCUUCUGGGUAUCCAUUGCGUGUAUUCAGCUGAUGACCUCUGACCUCUCUGGCUGUCCGUAGUAUGCAUACUACAUCCUAUAACCCACCAGGUGUGAUCACUGACACCUAGACCCUUGCUUAACCCUCAUACUGCUUUAUGUUGCCAGAAGCAUCUGUUUUAUGGAUUCAAAUUUAGAUUUUUAUAGUGUUUGAAGUUACCAUAGGGGGCAAGCUAUUAAUGUCAAAAAGCCACAUAGCCACCUUUGUGCUGUUAUCUGGCCCUUUCUCCAAUAAUAAGUAUUUUCCAGAACAAAUUGAAGGAAUUAUCCUAUUUUAGCUCAGCACAACAACUGAAUGGGGGAGCUUCAUACUUAGCUAGCAGGACAUGAGAGUGGUAUCAACCUUUGUUUUGCUUAGAAAAUACGUUCGAAGUGUUUUGUAUUUUGGUUAUUAUCUUUAAUUGCACAAUUACCAUGAGCUCCUAUGUAAUCUAUAACUCACCAGCAAUAACUUUUAGACAAUACACCGUCAUGUUGAAUAUUGAGAGGUGUGGUUCACAAAUUAAUUCUUUUGGCUAUCACCAGAUAUGAAAAAGUGGAUAAGUCUGCCAUUAUUUCAUACAGUCUAUCAAUCUUCAAUGCUCCGUGUUCAGAGCUAUCAGUUCAGAGCUAUCGGUGUGUAUAUAUAUAUAUAUAUAUAUAUAAAUAUAUAUAACCUACCAGGUUAUAUAAAGAAGAAUGCAUGCACGAUUACAUAGGUAGCGCCUUUUAAUAGACCGUCAGACAUCGAGGACCACCGUGACCUCCUUGGUACUUCUCACCUUAAAGGCACAUACACAUCAAUGCACUGCAUUAUAUCUACUGUAUAUGAAUCAUCAUCUGAUUACCCUCACCCUUUGGCAUUACAACCAUAGAGAUAUUAGGAUUUCAUAGUGAAUUGCUCAGAAGUUCGUCUGUUUGCUCGACUAUGUUGAGUUCCUCUUCGUGUCCUCAUACCUCGAUGCAUGCAGUCUGCCGCAUGACGAUAGGCACUGAUUGCCAAAAUGAUUGUGACAGUUUUUCUGAAUGUUAUAGAUGACAAAAGCAAGUUUCUUUUGACCAAUAGGGUGUGUGUGUGUAUUUUUAAUUCAAUACUGUAGUUUCAAAGAAUAAAGUGAUCCUGAAAUUAUA